CGAAUGAGAGUCAUGAACGGCGUGUGUCACGCGUUUGAUUUUCUUUGUAGCCUGACAUGGCGGAAUUCAACACUAGAUGGCGGUACGUAUGAUAAGAGUAAUGUGUUCGAGUUCUCCGUAAAGAAAGUGCAAAGAAUAUCUUCCGGUGAAGCUGUGGUACCAAAAAUGGCGGACACGUGCGGCCAAGUAAUAUUGGGAUCCGGGCUUACUGUCCUAUCUCAUCCUUUGAUGUACAUAAAAGUGUUGGUUCAGGUUGGACAUGAGCCACUUCCUCCCACCCUCGGCAGGAACCUAUUGGGGAGACAGGUCUACCAGUUACCUGGACUGUUUGCUUAUGCGCCGCUGACUGCUGCUCCGUGCUGCUUGUAUGCGUAUAGGGCCCGCUUCAGUUCCGGGAAGAAUUAACACAGCUCGCUGAGUGAAAAGUUAAUAUUCGGUUCAGAUGGUACCACAAAAAACAGUUUCCACCGACGGUAUCUACCCUGAUCUACGACCCUGCUCCACUCUGCUUGGUUCCAGACCCAAAAACAGUGCAUCUCCACAUCCACCUCUGACUCUGACUCAACCCAGGAGCCCCUCCUCACCUCUCUAGUGAUGUCACGUUACAGCGACCAUUGCAAGCUUGCAAGGCACGCCCACACAAACAAAAAUAACACUUUUUGUAGAACCACAAAGGGUGUGUACACUCUGACAAUGUUGUAGUUCUUUUUUAUUAGUCUGUUGUAGUCUAUUGUUUGGUGAUCAUGGUUUUGCUGUAAUAAUAUGAUUUCUACAGAUGAGCCUCGAUUUUAUGCGGACUUUGGGGUCCAGGAUUUGGAAAUCGCAUUUACCCCGAAAGCGCGUAAUUUAGAAAGUCUUGAAAGUGUGAUAAAAUCAAGGCCUUACAUAAGAGUGUAAGGGGAAAUAAGGCUGUCUCUUCCCCCCCCCCCCCCACCUAAGUACCACCAUAACCAAGAAGAGGAAGACACAAAGAAUCAGAAAAUUUACACGGGAAAAUAUUUGAUGUGACUAUAGCAAUGACAAGUUAACUGAGUUGUACAGAUUAUGACUAUUUUAUUUGAAUACAACAGUACACACAAAUGGACUAUGCACAUAUCCCUUGAUGUUAUUGUUAUGCAAAUGAAGUGCAGGUGUUUUUGGGGGAGGGGCUGUAAGUGUCAUGGGGGAGGGGGUGCAGGUGUUUUAGGGGGAGGGGCUGCAAGUGUUGUGGGGGAGGUGCUGCAGUGUCACUAAGAUAACACUAGAGGGCGGCAUUCGCAUAGGGAGGAAAAGAAAAUUGAGAUGGAGAGGUGCAUUGUCACUAAGAUAACACUAUAGGGCGGCAUUCACAUAGGGAGGGAAAAAAAAGAGAUGGAGAGGUGCAGUGUCACUAAGAUAACACUAGAGGGCAGUAUUCGUAAGGGGAGAAAAACUGACUGCAGUUGUGGGGGGAGGUCUAGAUGUUUUUUUUUUUCUGUUGUUUUUUUUUGGAGACAGAAUGUCUGAAGAAACGUGUUAUGUUGGGACAUGUUUGAAAUUUAGUAUCCUAUUUAUUUUCUUUAUCUUAUUUCAUAUUUAUAUAGAAAUAUCACUUUUUAUCUAACUGAAAUAACGUAAUUUCGUUUUUGUGUGCAGUGUGUUUACAAAAUGACACUAAAGCCUGUCUAAGUCUAAGAUUUAAGUUGAAGUAAAGGGGGGACAUUUAGUAUACUGAGAUUUAAGUUGAACUAUUUACAAAGGCAGCGACUUGAACUAUUUACAAAGGCAGCGACUCUGAACUUGCAGAUUAUAAUGGUUUUUUUUUGGAAACAAAAUGUCUGAAGAAAGGUGUUAUGUUGGGACAUGUUUGAAAUUAGUAUCUUAAGAUUUGAAGCAUUUACAAAAGGGGAGAAGAACUGACUGUAACAAAUGUAGCUUUUUUAGAGAGAGAUGUCAGGACAAAGGAAGAAAAAUUUGGGUCAACGACUCUGGAGAAUUCGGACAGCUGUAAGUUUUUAGAGAGAUGUUAGGACAAAGGAAGGAAAAUAGGGGCCAACGACUCUGAAACAUUCCGACAGGUGUGGGUGUCAGGACAAUGGAAGGAGAAUUUGGGGUAACGACUCUGUACGAUUCUGAACUAUUCACAAAGGUUUUUACUGGACUCAGACGUGCUGUGCUGUGUCAGGGGUCAUUGUUGAGAAGACAGUUGAAGGCUUUAUAUUUUAGUAUAUUUGCUGUACUUCUAACAUAUUACAUUCUGUUUAGAUAGUUUUAGGGGUAGUCUAACAUGUCCUGAGUGAAACACGUGACAAAGGUGUGGUUUUAAGGAGACGGGGGGUGGACCUACGCAAGUAUAUUUAAGGUCAGGGUUGGUGAGCGCUCAGUUUAAAGCGACGGUGUUAAACUUGAAGCUUAAAUCAUGAUCGCUGAAACGCCUGUUACUAUUCAUUUAUGUCAUAAAAAUGGCGACUGAUUGUUAAAUGCUCCUAGGAAAAAACAUAUGUACCUCAAGCGUAUGCAGCAGCCUUCUACGGAGAAACUUGAACAGAGCUGGGACCUGACAACAGAGACUCGAUGGGGGUUUAAAUUUUUUUAUGAAGUCGGGGAGCUAUUUUUCUUCAUGAAAAGCCGAGGAGAUUCUGCAGGAAACAGUACGUUUGGUUUAUUUUCUUCGAAUGACUGGGCGGUGUUAAAUCAGCUCCUGCCCCAGGUUUUGACUGAUUUUUUAAACGAUUACGGUGUACAAGGUGUACUGAACAUGACUUGGGUUUCAAGAAUUACGGCGAGCGGAAAAUGUUUUUUGCGGGUUAAAGUUUAUCCACAAACUAUUGAGGGAGAAGAAGAUGGGGACCUAGUCGAUCUACUCUAUUUAACAUUAGAAGCAUUCAAUAACGAAUGUGGGGUUUUUCAAACAUUACUUAAUGUGCCUUUAACUGAAUGGCAAGAAAAGAUGCAAGCCUCUGGUGACAGUAUUUCAAGGCUCUUUAUCGCAAGCCGUGUCUGGACAAAUAUCAUUGGAGCGAAACGUAAAUUGACUUUAGAUUAGCCUUACUAAAAAAUAACUUUUAAACUCCUCAACUCCUUACACCACACACACACACACGCACGCGCACACUUACACGCACGCGCACACUUACACGCACGCGCACACUUACACGCACGCGCACACUUACACGCACGCGCACAUGCACGCGCACACAUGCACGCGCACACCUACCUGCACGUACACAUGUAAACAUUAGCAUACCUUUGAGUUGGGUGGGCGUAUUCAGCCCUUAGACUUGUAUAAGUACCGAGCCCAUCUCUUCAGUCGGCCUCUUCAGACCUGAAACCAACUCGUACCUGAAUCCAGACAAGAGAUCAACAAGACGAUGACCCAAAAAAGAUCUGCCCGACGCCUUCUACCAAGCUUUCCACCUGUGGAGAAUGGACCAGGAGCGAAACUUUCCAGAGGUGUUCAGACUGUUCCAGAUUGCAUGCUCACUCUCUGGUCCAACCCUGAUGAAGCUCCUGCAGAGAGAAAUAUCAACAGAUUUCCACAAACAAACGCGACGGCUGAGGUAGCGGUUCAAACGCCAUCAAAGAACUUUGAGUUCCUCCCUCCGUAUGGGACGGAGCCACAGCCAGCUGACGUAUGGUCCAUCCUCAACGAUUCUACUGCCCAGACAAACUACGCAGACAUCGCAUUCAUCACGAUGCCGCAACUCCCCUCACCGCCUGGCUACAGACAACGAUUCGCUCGCCUCUUCGGAACCUUCGAGGUAACGCCAUCUACCGGUUCGGAGAAUGAAGAAACCUUCGAGCUGGUAGAGUGUCUCCCAACGACAUCUGCGGGUCCAUCAGCGCCAUCUGCGGGUCAGGCGAAAGAUGAGACCUACCUACCAGAAGAGGCGGAGCAUCAUGGUCAAGAGUCUUCAAAUCACCCCCUGCGCCUGCUCAACGACACUAGUGUGAGUCUCGACAUGCCCUUCUUAUCCAGCUCUGACAUUGCCCACAUACUAGCUCCUGAGUCGUUAGCCAUGGUUGAUGAAAGCUAUGCCGAUUUUCCGAUGCUACUGGACAACACAAUUGUGGCAGACUACCCUCUCGACGAAACUAACAUUCCGCCGCUGACAUCCACACCUGCACGAGUCGAUGUUCAUCAAGACAUUUACACCAUGAACAUUGAACCACUUACAUCUUUGACGGUUGAGGAUUACGUAAAGGUGAAAUUAAUGAUAUCUUAUAUGUUGUAUGACGCUUUAUUACAACAUGCUAAGAUGAUGUGUGACGGGUGUGCGCUCGAUGAUCUCAGCCAGCUUCAUCACACGUGUUUGUCUAUUGAGGAUCGCUGCUUUUAUUUUUACAUGAACUACGAGACUGUGACGGCAGAGCUAUGCAAUGAUAAUUUCCUCCGCACGUUAUCGACUAUGCUUUUUUUUUUUCAACACAUCUGCUCCUCUUAAAACAGGGGUGGGCAAACUUUUUGACUCGCGGGCCGAACUGGGUUCUAAAUUUGGACCGGAGGGCCGGACAAGGAGCAGAUGGACGUAGGCGUUGUGUGAAGUCAUAUAAGCGACCUGUAAAGGUCAUUGCAUAAAAGAUCUUGGCCUUUAGUAGGUAGUAAAGCAUGGAUAUUCCAAACAUUUUUUUUGAAAACAAAUGCAUUUAUUAACAGCAUUAAAAAAAAAUAAUAAUUCACUAAAAAACUGCUAUCAGUGAUUCUCAUAAAAUACGACACUGUUAUUAUGAAUAACAAUCUCCAUCACUUCAAUGCCUGCAGGUCAGAUUAAUGAAAGAUGUUUAUCUUAUGAGAUCACAUCAAACGGCAAACAUUCUGACCAAAUAUAUCAUCUUGAAGAAUCGGUGAAAGCAUACAUCCAAAUAAAGUAAUCAAAACAGCAACACGGUGAGGGGUAUCUGAAAAUCAGAGCAGAGUUUUAACUCGCAAACACCUGGUAACAGAGGUGAGGAAACGGGAAACACCUCCUUAAAGUAAGCCUUAAGAACUUUACAGGUUAAGAUUAGUCGCAAAUAGGUGGUGCAUCAAUGUCCUUGAGCAUCCUGCAUUGUUUGAAAAUGAGAAUGGUCGCUAGUUUCAAUCCCUGCUAUGUGUACAAAUCAUAUUCAAAAUGCAUUUUUUUACAAUAAACUUGAGAGCCUCCCGUUCAUUUUCAGAGGGAACAGUGUUGUUGGUCUCCCUUUUUUGCUAGUGCGUCAUAGUCUGGAGUAAAAUUUGUUGUGGCAAUUCUUAGGCGAGAUCCGAGGUGUUGGUCCGUUUACCUUGAUCUGUGACGGGUUGAUGUUGAUGUGGCUGAACGUCACGUCCCGUACGUCGAGCCAAAUUGUCCACUCUUUUUUAACAUUCGGCACUCACUUCUUUUUUUCGGGCCACUCAUUUUAAUGGAAGGAUUCCAGGGGAAGGUUUGUGGGUGGCUUUAGCGCAAAACUGCAUCUGAAAGCUCAGCGCGCGAAUUAUAAGAAUGCUGUCGUCAAAGCCCACGCUCUAAAUUCGGGACUGAUACGAAUAGAGCGAGAGUGCGCCAAGUCCGUACUACUGAGUACGUACACGCACUUGUGAGUGUGCACCGAGCUUUCUGACACGGCUUCCGGUAGUAAAUGCGCAGGCGAGCGCUUCGCCAUCUACUGGGAAAACAUAGUCAUUGCAGGCAAAAUGACCCAAAAAAAAAAGUUUAAUAAUACAAUUUGUUCAGGGUUGGCGGGCCGGAUUAAACGGUCCCGUGGGCCGGAUGUGGCCCGCGGGCCGUAGUUUGCCCACCCCUGUCUUAAAACCUUGCGCGACACGGCUGCUGCCAUUUUACAGGACUUCGCGCACGAGAACAAGAUCUUUGCUAGAUUGCGCUGUGUAAAACAAGAAUCUAGCAGUGUUGCGGUGUUGGGCAAGAGCGUGAUCGGAUUAUUAUUCAGAACUUUUGGGAAGGCAGAAUGGGAAAUUCUGUAAGAAAGACAUGGGGCCAGCUGGCUGCCGAUCUCGCGUUGUUUCUGGAUUAUUUUAAAACUCAUUUGCUUGCUGAUAUAAUUACUUGGUUAAGGGGGUUUAAAACCCUGAUUGAAACCAAAUUGCCACUGCCUAUGCUAUUUUCAUUUAUACGCUGUGGUAAAACUUAGAAAAACCUUCUUUUUUUUAUCUUCAUUUUUUUAUUAAUAUGUUUUACUGUGUGCUUUAUACUUUUUUUAAAAAAAAACGAUCUGAAUUUUUUGUAAUAAACUGUGACCAACAAAAGUGAUUGUUUUCUGUGUGUUUUCUAUUAAAAUAUCAUACCUGUAUACUUUA